AUGCCUGCCUGGGCAGCCCUGUUCCUGCUCUGGGUUACUACGGAGGCCACCAAGGACUGCCCUGUACCAUGUACCUGCCAGGCUCUGGAAACCAUGGGGCUGUGGGUGGACUGCAGGGGGCAAGGGCUCACAUCCUUGCCUACCCUGCCAGCCCACACUCGCCACCUCCUGCUGGCCAAUAAUAGCCUUCGUUCCAUGCUCCCUGGCACCCUCGACCACCUGCUCCAGCUGCAGACACUCGACGUGGCACAGAACCCCUGGCACUGUGACUGCAGCCUCACCUACCUGCGCCUCUGGCUGGAGGACCGCACACCCGAGGCCCUGCCGCAUGUCUACUGUGCUAGCCCUGGCCUUGCCACCAUCCACCCACUGGACCAACUCACAGGCUAUGAGCUGGGUAACUGCGGCUGGCAGCUAGAGGCAUCAUGGACCUAUCCAGGGGUCUGGUGGGACGUGGCACUGGUUGUUGUGGCCACAAUGGGCCUGGCUCUCCUGGCAGGUCUGCUGUGCAGUGCCACAGAAUCUCUGUACUGAGCCUAGGCUCCCAGGGUCAUUCUCAGUCCAGACAGUCAGGCCCUGAGCUUUACCCCAGAUUCUACCAGCCCUGAUCAUCCAGAC